AUGCCGUGCAAAAAGGCAAGGCUGCUGCGGCGACGAGUCCAUGUAGGGACGGAGUCGUCGAGUGUCGAGCCUUGUGAAACAUCUGUGGUGAAGGUGGAUUAUGAUGAUGAUGAUGAGCCUGUCAAGUCCGAACCAGCAGCUCCAUCUGAAUAUGAUCAAGCCGCCGAGGAAGCGGCCGAGGAGGAGACGAUGGCGAUGAUGAUGGGAUUGGGGGAGCUGGCCGACGAGGCAGCUGAGGAGGCGGCCAGAAUCGGGGAGAAGAAGAACAGGAGAGACAAUCUGUCGAUCGACGAAAUGAUGGCGAUUACGAGAGAGAUGGUAGGGGAAGUACCCGAGGAAGCCAACACUGAUCAUAAUGCCUACUAUGCCCGUGUUCACCGCGAAAAUUGGGACCGGCUCUUCGCCCAACACUACGGCCCCUUCGACCAGACCACGUCCAUCCCUGCCUCGUGCUUCACCGACCUUUGCCGCCCUAACAACAGCUACGCCCACAAGCAGGAGAUGCUCCAGAUCUUCUCGAUCAAAGUCGGGAAGAUAAAGAAGCCCCUGAAGUGGCCUUUACAGGUUUUUGGUUCGAUCGCUGUGCGGGAUGCGGUGGAUCGCAAUCGCAUCAUGGUGUUCCACCGUGAGAGGGAUAACUGCCAAACCCUUACCAAGAAGGAUCGAUUUCUUACGCUAACGGGGCCUACCCGAGGAAUUGUGAUGAAUGUACAUCAUAUCUAUGUUGAAGUUGAUCUGAAGGCGAAGGGCACCACUAAAUCUGAGGAUAAAGAUUUAAGCUAUUUAGCAGUUGCGUCUCUUCCUUGGGGCCCGUCUUAUCGUGCUGAGGCUAGCAAGCUUAGCACACUAGAGUUGACAUACGUUCGAAUGUGUAACUGUGUGGAAGCCGCAAUCAGUGUGAAAGUCAAAAAGCAUGGGUUAUGGCCUGGCUGCAGGGGUUUACUCACUGCCAGUACAGCUAGUUUCGAGAACAUGGAAAUCCCGUUGCUUGCUUUUGAAGGCGAUAGAUUGCCGGUUGAUGGUAGUGGCAGGAUUGAGCUUUCACGCCGCGUGGUCAGCGUCGAGCUUCCGCAGCCUGAAGGAAAGCUUGUGUUUUCGGCGAAGGCACUACGUGGUAGUGAUGAGAAAGAUGUGAGGAAAAUUCGUAAAACUUUUACUCCCAAAAAGUUUGGUAAAACCAAGGAGAAUAUUAAGAUUGGCUCCUGUGAGAUGGAGGUAACUGUCACAUGGUCCCUUCUUCCGAGUUGUAAGUAUGAUUAUGACAGUGCAUUUGUAAGGUAUUAUUAA